UUGAAAUGUGGUCUGUUGUCCAUGUCUACAGAGAUUGGGCGAGUACGUGUACGAGCUCCAGCACGAGGAUGAUCCGGAGGCCGUGAUCGUGUUCUUCCACGGCCUUUUGAUUCAGGAGACGGACAUGGGCCACGCUUUCUGGAGCACGUGGACGAAGCGAAAUACUCUCGAAUGCUGGCCCGUGACGAUGCUUCCGGAAUUUUUGCAAACGGGGGCGAAUCGUCCUGCUCGCCCUUUCAGAAUUCGUGUGCUCGCGGUCUCGUACGAGGGACGGACGAGCGUGCAUCCAGACAUCGGGACGGCCGGGACCGACAAGUACCUUCUCGCCGAGAGUUUAAUCCAUGAGCUCAUUCUGAGCCCUGGCUUAAUUCGAGGAUCGAAGGCGGUGGAGGACAAAGACGUCCCCGUCUUUCUGGUCGGCCACGACCUCGGAGGGAUCAUUAUUAAGAAUCUCGUCAUGCAAGUGGAGAGUAAAAUUCCCAACAAGAACGCCGAAGACGCCGAGAGAGAAAAACUGCAGAAUUUUCUCAGCAAUCUGAAAGCUGUGUUCUUCUACGCCACACCUCACAAUGGAUCGCAAGCCAUCGAGGACUUGGCACAGCAAAUCCCCGAAGAAUCACGCAAUCAGAUGCUCACUCUGAUGAGCGUUCUCGGUACUGAUAUGGCCAGAAUCAACUCAGAAUUCAGCACUUAUCGGUCCGGCAUUGGCGACAAUCUGAACCAUCCACGAUUCAAAACUUACGGCAUCGUUCCAACGAGUAAAACCAACCAGAGGGGUUUCGACAGGACGAUGGUCGUCCCGGAAGCAUCUGCUAGACAUGAUAUGGACAUAUAUUUCUCGGUUCGAGAUGCUGAUCACUUUCAGUUCCAUAGUCGCGAGGGAGGGCUUCCGGUCCCUCGAUGAAGAAGGAGACCAUCAAGAAAGUGUGCAGUUGACGGCCUGGGAGGAUCACGAGUUUUGAUUUAAAAACUAGAUUGCAAAACCUUCGAUGUCGGUUCCGUCGUAAACCCCAAGGGACGAUGGUAGACUCGAGACGAGGAUGUUUACCUCUAGAUGGAAAUGAAGAGAUAUUUGUCUGACAGAGCUUCCAGUAACAACUACUGCUCGUAAGGCACAAGAGCACAGGCAGCUCGAUUGAACUGUUUCUUUUGUUCGUGUUGCACUUCGUUUCACGUGUUCUGAUUCUCUGUAUUAUAGCUGGCAACCAAGAUAAAUAGGAUCAUGAUCAUCGUCGAGGGAGAUUUGUGAAAAUCCUCGGAAUGCCAGUGGCGAUUUUUCUCCUCGCAUCUCCUGAGUGAAAGCUGCAUGGGAUAAGCAUCAGGUCUUCUUCAACUUGGGCAAGCAACGUGCGAUGGAAUAAUAUAAGCCAUGGGGUUGGCGUGUAUGCGAGAGUCAUCUAUUCACUGUUAGGUACAGAAUAAUGGAGCACCCACUGCGACUUUCAGGCAGAAAGACUUUGAUGUCACACACCUGGAUUGUCAAUUUGCAUUGAGUCUCGAGGUGUUACCCGAUCUUUUGAUUUCUGUCCAUUAUGGUCAACAGUAAUCCAUGAAGUGGGUCCGCACUUAAUUUCACCCACAUCUCGGC